CUCGAUGGUCAAGUGAACAGAGCGGAGCCGCUCUUUCCUCACGGGAGGGCGUGCGCAUGAGCAGUAGCCCUACGCCGGAAAGAUGGCGGAAGAAGAGCAAAGAAAAAAGAUCCCCUUGGUUCCAGAAAAUCUCCUGAAAAAGAGGAAGGCAUAUCAAGCCCUCAAAGCCACCCAGGCAAAGCAGGCACUUUUGGCAAAGAAAGAGAGGAAGGUAAAGGAGAUCAGAUUUAAGCGACUGGAAUCCUUCCUUCAUGAUUCCUGGCGGCAGCGGCGUGACGGGGUGCGUGUGAAACGACUCGAAGUGAAACCUCGCGCUUUGGAAGCACCUGAUGAACAUUCCUUGGCCUUCGUUGUCCGCCUCCAAAGUAUUAACGGGGUGAGUUCAUUAGUACAGAAGACCAUUGCAAGACUUCGCCUGAAGAAGCUGUUCAGUGGUGUCUUUGUUAAAGUCACCCCCCAAACUCUCAAAAUGCUGCGAAUAGUGGAGCCUUAUGUGACCUGGGGAUUUCCAAAUCUGAAGUCUGUCCGGGAACUGAUUUUGAAACGUGGACAGGGCAAGAUUAAGAAUAAGACCUUCCCGCUGACGGACAACACUGUGAUCGAGGAGCACCUGGGCAAGUUUGGUGUCAUUUGCCUGGAAGACCUCAUCCAUGAAAUCGCCUUCCCAGGGGCGCAUUUCCAGGAGAUUGCCUGCUUCUUGCGCCCUUUCCACCUCUCUGUGGCCCGGCACGCUACCAAGAACAGAGUGGGCUUCCUCAAGGAGAUGGGCUCACCUGGCUAUCGGGGUGAGCGCAUCAACCAGCUCAUCCGCCAGUUGAACUAGUUCCAGAGACUGGAAGGAAGCAUAAGGGAAUCGGCAUGGCAGGCACCUCUCAGCACCGCCCAGUUUCAAGGAAGAGUUCCGUUGUUCCCCAUCAUGCCACGGCUGAAAUCAGCACUUGCUG